GCGUGCGGCUCUUUGGAGGCGGUAGCUUCUUCGGCGUCGAGACUGGAGGCUGAGUCUAAACUGUGUGGGGCGCAAAUGGGAUCCGGCUGUUAGUCGGGUAGGCAUAGCUUUGUGUUAUUCUUGGAAAAUUUGGCACCACUUGUGAAUUCCUUGAACCUGGGCAUUGCAAACCCACUUCUGUUGGGCCCAUCUCCUUUGCACUUUGCUCAGAUUAAGACUCAGUUGGCGCUUCAGCAGCUGAAUGCCGUUGCCUCACAUAGUUCAACACCACCUUAUACUUUAUUAAAUCAGGCUUUCUUGAAAAUAGCCAUGUCGAGACCCAGGUUUAAUCCUCGAGGAAACUUUCCACUUCAGAGGCCACGAGCACCUAACCCUUCUGGGAUGAGGCCUCCAGGACCAUUUAUGAGGCCUGGAUCAAUGGGUCUUCCAAGAUUUUACCCAGCAGGGAGAGCCCGUGGGAUACCACACAGAUUUGCUGGCCAUGAAUCUUAUCAGAACAUGGGACCACAGAGAAUGAAUGUUCAGGUAACUCAACACCGAACUGAUCCAAGAUUGACCAAAGAAAAAUUGGAUUUUCAUGAAGCACAACAAAAGAAGGCGAAGCCUCAUGGUAGCCGGUGGGAUGAUGAGCCUCAUAUGUCUGCAUCAGUGGGAGUGAAACAGAGUUCUGUAACGCAGGUUACAGAGCAGAGUCCUAAAGUACAGAGCCGCUAUACAAAAGAGAGUGCCUCAAGUAUUUUAGCAAGUUUUGGAUUAUCUAAUGAAGAUUUAGAAGAACUCAGUCGCUAUCCUGAUGAACAACUAACUCCUGAAAAUAUGCCAUUAAUUUUGAGGGAUAUAAGAAUGCGAAAAGUGGGGCGCCGAUUACCUAAUUUACCUUCUCAGAGCAGAAAUAAAGAAACACUUGGUAGUGAGGCAGUUUCGAGUAAUGUGAUUGAUUAUGGGCAUGCAAGCAAGUAUGGCUACACAGAAGAUCCACUUGAAGUACGUAUUUACGAUCCUGAAAUUCCAACUGAUGAGGUCAAGAAUGAAUUUCGGUCACAGCCGAGCAUUUCUGCAUCUGUUGCUGCUCCAAAUGUGAUAUGUAAUUCUAUGUUUCCUGUUGAAGAUGUGUUUCGACAGAUGGACUUCCCCAGUGAGUCCUCCAAUAAUCAGUCCUUUUUCCCAGUUGAGAGUGGAAGCAAGAUGUCAGGCUUACACAUUUCAGGAGGACAGUCAGUCCUUGAACCUGUAAAAUCUGUCAGCCAAUCCAUUAGCCAGCCAGUUAACCAGACAAUGAGUCAGUCUCUGAUUCCUCCUCCUAUGAACCAGCAACCGUUUUCAUCGGAAUUAAUUUCAGCUGUAAGCCAGCAAGAUCGGAUCCCACGUGAACCUGUCAUUAAUUCAUCUAAUGUACAUGGAUCGGGAGGAAGUAAAAAGAAUUACCAGUCAGAGGCUGACAUCCCCAUUCAGUCUCCCUUUGGGAUUGUGAAAGCAUCAUGGCUACCAAAGUUUUCACAUGCUGAUGCCCAGAAGAUGAAGAGACUUCCAACUCCUUCUAUGAUGAAUGAUUAUUAUGCAGCGUCUCCAAGAAUAUUUCCACAUUUGUGUUCUCUGUGUAACGUAGAAUGUAGUCAUUUGAAGGAUUGGAUUCAGCAUCAAAAUACAUCUACUCAUAUUGAGAGCUGCCGACAGUUACGUCAACAGUAUCCCGAUUGGAAUCCUGAGAUCCUCCCAUCAAGAAGAAAUGAAGGCAAUAGAAAAGAAAACGAAACUCCAAGAAGACGAUCUCAUUCUCCCAGUCCUAGACGUUCUAGGAGAUCAAGCUCAAGUCACAGAUUCCGUCGAUCCCGAAGCCCAAUACGUUAUAUGUACAGACCAAGAAGUCGAAGUCCAAGAAUUUGCCACCGUUUCGUUCCUAGAUACAGAUCCAGAUCCCGUUCACCGUAUCGAAUGAGAAAUCCAUUUAGAGCUAGUCCAAAAUGCUAUCGAUCAGUUAGCCCCGAAAGGACAUCAAGGAGAUCAGUGAGAUCAUCAGACAGAAAAAAAGCAUUAGAAGAUGUAGUACAACGGUCUGGGCAUGGGUCAGAAUUCAGUAAACAGAAACAUCUUGAAGCAGUUGAUAAAGGACACUCACCAGCACAAAAACUUAAAACUGUCAGUGGAGCAAAGCCAUCAGUUAAAUCUACGAGCUCUACAAAGAGUGAUUCAAAUAUAGGACAUUGUACUCGUUACAAAUCAAAGAAUCUUGAAGAUGACACCUCACCAGAAAGUAAACAGGUGUCUGAUAAAGCUGUUUCUCUACAACGUAAGCUUCGGAAAGAUCAGUCUUCACAGUAUGGUCCCGUUCUUCUUAUAUCUGAUUUACCAGAGGAUGGCUGUACUGAAGAAGAUAUUAGAAAAAUAUUUCAACCAUUUGGAAAAGUUAAUGAUGUCCUGAUUGUUCCAUAUAGAAAGGAAGCUUACUUGGAAAUGGAAUUUAAAGAGGCAAUUACUGCAGUCAUGAAGUACAUUGAAACAACACCACUUCUGAUAAAUGGGAAAAGUGUGAAAGUAUGUGUUCCAGGAAAGAAAAAGUCACAGAACAAAGAGGUGAAGAAAAAGAUAUCAGAUUCAAAGAAAACAUCUGCAUCUACUUUAAAAAAAGAGACAGACGCUUCCAAGGCUGUUGAAACUGUGACUUCAGCUUCUGCUACCAAACCUGGACAAACCAAGACAUCUGCAGCCAAAAUAAAUAAAUCUUCAGGGAAAUCAGCGGGUUCUGUAAAAUCUGUGGUAACAGUAGCUGCUAAAGGUAAUAAAGCUUCAAUCAAAACAGCAAAAUCUAGUGGAAAGAAGUCUCUAGAAGUCAAAAAGGCUGGAAUUGUCAAAAACAAAGACGCCAGUAAACCUGUGAUUGUACCAGAAAACUCUGAAAUAAAGAUGAGUGUGGAAGUCAAAGCCACUGAAAAUGGUGCUAAAGAAACUAUUUCAGAAGUUGCUUUGGAGGCCACAGAAAAUGAACCAGUUAACAAGGAAACAGAAGAAAUUUGUGUGGUACUUAUUUCUGAUUUGCCUAAUAAAGGAUAUUCUAUUGAAGAAGUUUACAACCUAGUAAAACCAUUUGGUGGUUUAAAGGAUAUUUUGAUUUUAUCAUCUCAUAAAAAGGCAUUUAUAGAAAUAAAUAGAAAAUCUGCAGAUUCUAUGGUAAAAUUUUAUACCUGCUUCCCAAUAUCACUGGAUGGAAAUCAACUCUCAAUAAGUAUGGCUCCUGACAACAUGAAUUUAAAAGACGAGGAAGCUAUAUUUACAACGUUGAUUAGAGAAAAUGACCCAGAGGCAAAUGUAGAUAAAAUUUACGAUCGAUUUGUACAUCUUGAUAACUUACCAGAAGAUGGACUUCAGUGUGUACUUUGUGUUGGACUUCAGUUUGGAAAAGUGGAUCACCAUGUAUACAUGAGUAAUAAAAACAAGGCAAUUCUUCAGUUAGAUAGUCCUGAAUCUGCUCAGUCAAUGUACAGCUUUCUGAAACAAAAUCCACAGAACAUAGGUAACCAUGUAUUGACCUGCACAUUAUCUCCAAAGAUAGACUCAUCAGAGGCUGAAGCUGAGAAAGACCCAGAACUAGGGAAAAAAAGCCCUGACUUGAAAAACCGUUCAGUUGAUGAAAGUGAGGUGCAAAGAGCAGCUGAUAGUCCCUCCGUUAAACCUAGUGAAGAAGUUAAAGAAGAAUCUAUUCCCAGCAUUCAAACAGAAACUUUUAUACAACAGGAAGAGCCUUGUGAGGAAGAACCAGAAAAAGCACUAUGUGUCUCUGACUUUGCUAUUGAAACAUUUGAAGUUGAAACUCAAGGAGAGGAGGUCAAAGUGGAAAUUCCUCUUGUAGCAUCCACUCCAGCCAGUAUUGACUUAUUCACUGAAAAUGGAGAGCAGUCUGUUUUAAAUCAGCAGGUGUAUACCAGUGACUUUGAGAAGGAAGAGGCAGAAAUUAUUAACCCUGAAACGGAAUUAACAUCAUCUGAUAGUGCAUUUAUAGAAGAAAGGAACAUCAAAGGAAUUCUAGAAGACUCUCCAUCUGAAGCAGAAGAUUUCUUUUCUGCAAUUACACAGUCUAUGAUAGAAGCUGUAGCUGAAGUAGACAAACAUGAAACUGUUUCAGAAAUAGUACCAUCUACUUGUGUUGUGGCCUUAGUACCUGGAAUUUCCACUGGGGAUGAGCAGUCAGUGAGCACAAAGGGAAUUUCUGCAAAAAGUAAUAUGGAUGAAAAGGAGGAGAAUGAAUUAAAUACCAAGGGAACCAGAAUGAAUCUGCAAAUACGAAUAGAGAAGGCUGAAAAGAAUGAUGAUAAGAUGGUUGCAGAGAAGUUGGAAAAGAUUGUGGCUGCAAUGAAAGAAAAGCCUGCAGAAAACUCAGUGACCAAGGCAUGCCCAAAUAAAGGAGUGGUUCAGGCCAAUAAGUCCGAGGAAACUAGUAAAAUUAGUAUGCUGCCUGCAUCAAAUGCAUCUAGCAGUAAAUCAAGCAUCAAGGCUGGUAUGGUCUCUUCUCUAAAGGCAAAAGCUACAGCUUCAAAAUCUGAAAACCAGAAAAGUUUUCUAAAAUCUGUACUCAGAGAUCAAAUAAAUGCUGAAAAGAAACUUUCAGCCAAGGAAUUGGGUCUCCUUAAACCUACAAGUGCCAGAUCAGGCUUGGCUGAAAACAGCAGUAAAUUGAAACCCACUCAGAGCAGUGUUACCAGAGGAGGCAGUGGAAGGAUCUCAGCCCUGCAAGGCAAAGAUUCUAAACUGGAUUACAGGGAUAUUACAAAACAGUCUCAGGAAACAGAGGCUAAACCUUCCAUCAUGAAACGGGAUGACAGCAACAAUAAGACUUUGACUGGGCAAAACACUAAGACUCCUAAAAGCACCACUGGUAGAAGUUCCAAACCCAAAGAGGAACCCUUAUUUCCAUUUAAUUUGGAUGAAUUUGUUACUGUGGAUGAAGUUAUAGAAGAAGUGAAUCCUUUUCAAGCCAAGCAGAAUCCACUGAAGGGAAAAAGGAAAGAAGCUCUCAAAAAUACCCCUUCCUCUGAACUUAACUUGAAGAAGAAGAAGGGGAAAACCUCUGCUCCUCGUGUUGUUGAGGGAGAAUUAUCUUUUGUAACAUUGGAUGAGAUUGGGGAAGAAGAAGAUGCAGCUGCACAUCUAGCACAAGCUCUAGUCACUGUGGAUGAAGUAAUUGAUGAAGAAGAAAUAAAUAUGGAAGAAAUGGUAAAAAAUUCAAAUUCACUUCUUACAUUAGAUGAGUUAAUUGAUCAAGAUGAUUGCAUUUCCCACAGUGAACCUAAAGAUGUUACUGUACUGUCAGUGGCUGAAGAACAAGAUCUUCUCAAACAGGAACGCUUGGUAACUGUGGAUGAAAUUGGAGAAGUAGAAGAGCUACCUUUAAAUGAGUCGGCAGACAUAAGUUUUGCUGCUUUAAAUACUAAAGGAGAUGAGGAAAAUACUGGAAGGGAUUCCAUUGGGUUCAUUUCUUCUCACAUGCCUGAAGACCCUUCUGCUUUAGUUACUGUAGAUGAAAUACAGGAUGACAGCAGUGAUCUGCAUUUAGUGACAUUAGAUGAAGUAACUGAAGAGGAUGAAGACUCUCUGGCAGAUUUUAACAACCUUAAAGAAGAGCUUAAUUUUGUUACUGUUGAUGAAGUUGGAGAGGAGGAAGAUGGAGACAAUGAUUUAAAAGUUGAAUUAACACAAAGCAAACAUGACCAUCCCACCGAUAAAAGAGGGGAUAGAAGAAAGAGAGCUGUGGACACAAAGAAGACAAAACUUGAAGCUUUGUCCCAAGUGGGUCCAGUAAAUGAGAAUAUUAUGGAAGAAGAUCUGAAAACCAUGAUUGAAAGACACUUAGCAGCUAAAGUGCCAGCCAAGAGAGUUAGAAUUGGGAAAACGCCACCAUCAGAAAAAGCUGUUACGGCAGAACCAGCAAAUGAUGAAGAGGCCUUCCAAAUUAGUGAAGUUGAUGAAGAAUCUGAAUUAAUGGAUUCAGAACCAGAACGAAAACGCAAGAAGAUUGAGGACUCUUCUUUGGGGAAAUCAGUGGCACCUGAUGUCCCUGAAGAUUUAGACUUUCUUGUACCGAAGGCUGGAUUCUUCUGUCCAAUUUGUUCCCUCUUCUACUCAGGUGAAAAAGCAAUGACAAAUCACUGCAGGAGUACACGUCAUAAGCAAAAUACAGAGAAUGUCAGCUCCAUGAGGUAAGGGGCCUUAUCUAUCUUGUUGACCACUGAGUCCCCCAGCAUCAAGAUAAUGCAUAAGUAUAUCAUAAAUAUCAGAUGAUUCACGAAUGGAAGGAAGGAAUGUUAAUGUAAGGCACUGUGUUUCUAAUCUUUAUUCUGUAGGAUCAAGCUCUUUAAAUUGUAAAUACAAUGAAAUAUAUUAGAUACGUUUGUAACACAGCAAAGCAACAUCUAAUAAAUAUUUUAUAUUAUGAAUUGCUUUUAACAGAAGUUCAUGGCCAAGCAAAGAAAGGAAAAGGAGCAGAAUGAGGCUGAAGAAAGAAGCUCUAGGUGAUUGGGGGAAAGGGGAAAAAAUUCAUUAGAAAUUCGUUUAGGGUCCAGUUGAUUUGUGUAUUUUUGUUAUCACUUAAUUUGUAAUUUUUGUUUCAGAAGCAAAUAUUCAUGUUGUACAAAUUUCUGAUUGCCCUUGAUGUAGAGAGACUGAAGGGGAAAGUAUGAUGGGUUUGAUUUUUAUAUCAAAUCAUCAGGCAUGGAGAAAUAUCUUUUAGAAGUGUUUAAAUAAAUGUUCCUACUGUAUAUUUAAAAUAC